UCGGAGCACUCAAUGUCGGAACGUUCCGAAGAUGACGUCGGAGCGUUCUCGAAUCCCGUGUCUCUCGGCUGCUGCUGCCGAAGGAACAGGGAAAAAGCAACAAGAAGGAAGAGCAAUGGCGACACUGGAUCGCAAAGUGCCCAGUCCGGAGGCGUUUCUGGGCAAACCCUGGUCCUCCUGGAUCGACGCCGCCAAAUUACACUGCUCCGACAAUGUAGAUUUAGAAGAGGCUGGAAAAGAGGGUGGAAAAAGCAGGGAGGUUAUGAGGCUUAAUAAAGAAGAUAUGCACUUAUUUGGCCAUUCCCCAGCACAUGACGACUUCUAUCUCGUAGUGUGCAGUGCCUGUAAUCAGGUCGUCAAGCCACAGGUUUUCCAGUCGCACUGCGAGAGAAGACACGGUUCCAUGUGUGGGCCUUCGCCCUCGCCAGCAUCUCCAGCCUCCAACCCCAGGACGGCUCUAGCACAGGUGAAGACCAAAGCCUGUGUCAGCGGCCAUAGCUCUGCCAGCAGCACCUCAAAGCCAUUCAAAACGCCCAAAGACAAUCUCCUUACCUCCAACAGCAAGCAGCACACAGUCUUUCCUGCUAAGGGAUCACGGGAUAAACCAUGCGUUCCUGUUCCUGUAGUCAGUUUAGAGAAAAUCCCUAACCUAGUGAAGGCAGACGGCGCCAAUGUCAAAAUGAACUCUGCAACCACUACUGCGCUCACCUCCUCCUCCUCCAAUUCUUCCUCCUCCGCCUCAUCCAUGGCCUCCGCCAGCUCCACCACACCUUUAAUUAAGCCUGUCUUGAUGUCCAAGUCAGUGCCACCUUCACCCGAGAAGAUCUUAAAUGGCAAAGGAAUUCUAUCAGCCACCAUAGACAAGAAGCACCAGAAUGGCACCAAAAACAGCAACAAGCCUUACCGGAGACUUUCAGAGAGAGAAUUUGACCCAAAUAAACACUGUGGAGUGUUGGAUCCCGAGACAAAGAAACCUUGCACAAGAUCCCUCACCUGCAAGACACACUCGCUAAGCCAUCGGAGGGCAGUCCCAGGCCGGAGAAAGCAAUUUGACCUCCUCCUGGCAGAACACAAAGCCAAGUCCAGAGAAAAAGAAGUCAAAGAGCAUCUCCUGACUUCCACAAGGGAAAUAUUUCCAAGCCAACCCGGGCCCGUGCAGGACUCACUGCCAGGAUCUUCAGGGAGCUCGGGUCCAGAACCGAAAGUCACAUCCCCUGCAAAACCCAGGCUGCCUAACUCUGUUAUACCCAGACCAUCAUCUGCAAACAGUAUAAGCAGCAGCGCGUCCUCCAAUCACAGCACCUACACUCCAGAGCCCGCUCUGCCCCCAGCUGGAAGUGACCUUUCCAGCCGGCUAUCCAGUGAUGAAGGGGAAAUGGAUGGAGCCGACGAGCCCGAGAAGUUAGACUGUCAGUUCUCCACGCACCACCCCAGACCUCUCGCGUUUUGCUCGUUUGGAAGUCGCCUCAUGGGACGAGGGUACUAUGUGUUUGAUAGAAGAUGGGACCGUUUCCGAUUCGCACUAAACUCCAUGGUAGAAAAACACUUGAAUUCACAGAUGUGGAAGCACAGAAGCCCGAGCCACCGGGCAUCAGGUCCCUCCCCCCUGUUCAGGACUUGCCUAACCAAUCUGCUGUCACUGAGCAACAUUGGGGCUGCCUGGGUGUCAACUCUGGAGAGCGUAGCGCCCCGCUGCCCUCUCGGCCUCACUGCCCAAACUCCAGGCCCCGACGGGCCCGAACCUGGAGGGAUGGCAGCCGAUGGGGGCAUGGAAGACAUUAGGAAGAAAAAGAACGGCCAAGACUCUUUUUUCUUUAACAAGCAUUUAACUCUGCAUCAGGAGACGCCAGCACAGUAUUCUCUUUCAGCCAGGAAGAUCCCUCCUGCGGCAGAUAGCCCCCUGCCCUCGCCAGCAGCCCACACCUCCACCCCCGUGCCGGCAUCCGUCUUGCAGCCUUUCAGCAACCCCAGUGCUGUGUAUCUUCCUUCAGCUCCCAUCAGCUCGAGACUCACCUCUUCUUACAUAAUGACAUCCGCCAUGCUCUCAGACGCAGCUUUUGUGGCAUCGUCGGACCCACGCGUCCUCAUGUCCCACACCACAGCUUUCCCCCAUGUGGCCGCAACCCUCAGCAUCAUGGACUCAACCUUCAAGGCCCCAUCUGCCGUCUCCCCAAUACCAGCUGUCAUCCCUUCCCCAUCCCACAAGCCAUCCAAAACCAAAACCAGCAAAUCCUCAAAAGUCAAAGACCUGUCUGUCCGUAGCGACGAGUCUCCAAGUAACAAAAAGAGGAAGCCGCAGCCUUCGACUUCCUCUUCCUCCUCCUCCUCCUCCUCCUCCUUGUCCCUGCAGACCUCCCUCACGUCUCCACUGUCAGGGCCCCACAGAAAGAACUGUGUUUUGAAUGCCAGUUCUGCUCUGAACUCCUAUCAGGUGGCGCCCCCCUAUACCAGUCUGUCUGUGCACAGCUCCAACAAUGGGGUGAGCCCACUCAGUGCCAAGCUGGACCCCUCAGGACGGACCUCGCUGCCCAGUGGCCCCGCGGACAUAGCGAGACAGGUGUGCACGGUGGGCGGCAGCAGUGACUCCUGUCCCCUCUCUGUGCCCUCCCUCUCACUCCACGCAGGGGACCUCUCUCUAGCCUCACACAAUGCCGUGUCUUCUCUGCCCCUCUCUUUUGACAAAUCAGAAGGAAAAAAGCGUAAGAACUCGAGUGCUAGUAGCAAAGCCUGUAAAAUCACUAAAAUGCCUGGUAUGAAUAGCGUUCACAAAAAGAACCCGCCCAGCCUUCUCGCACCGGUGUCCGAUCCCGUUAACAGCACUUCCUCUCGGCAGGUUGGGAAAAACAGCAGCCUAGCUUUGUCACAAUCCAGUCCUGCAAGCAUCCCCAGCCCAGGACACAACCGACAGAAGAACACAAACAGAAUGGGCAGGAUAAGGACGCUUCCAUAACAAGACUGUGAAGCCCCUUCCGAUCCAGUUCCUGGUCAUGACCCACCCAAGGCGCAGGAGGAGAGAGCACUGGACACAGUGGAGAGUGCUUCCUGGGUGCCUAUGCUCUGGCCUUUCUUCUCCUUCCCCUUCCUCUUCCUCCUCCUCCUCCUACUCCUCCUCCUCCUCUUCUUCUUCUUCUUAAUUGACCAAUUUUUAGUUUUGAAGAAAAAGAAAACGACAAAAGAACAUGAACUUGAGAUUUACAGAGAACAAUACCAGUGUUUUCUUUUUGUUUCUUUUUCUCUUUUUUUCAUUUGCCAUGUUUGUACAUUCUUCCAAAUGUGGGGUCCCCUGCGCCAGCUCCUGAUGCUACUACUGCCCCAUCGGCUUGCUCGGGCCCUGGAGGCAGAGGUCACAGAAUGUCAGUUCCAGGUCAACACUGUCUGAAGCUCUUGAACUUUGGCACGUACAAAGCUCUUUUCCUUCCUUGUCUUCUGCCCGUUCUCCUCCACCCCUCCCCUCACCUGCCACUCAGUGGUCCCCCACUGGUCAUCAGAGGUUGUUAGCUGUCCCAGGACAGCUGGGGAGGAGAGUUGAGGAUAGUUGGGGUGCCCAGACUUCCUUAGCUCCCCUCUCUAGAGCCCAAAUGCCAGGGGCAAAAUCAAGAAUAGUGGCCAUUUAAUGAUGUGAUUUGCUUGACACCACUGACUAGAGGUGUACUCGGCCAGGGGCAGAGCAACGUAAUCAGAAGCAGAGCAUGGGGCCAAAAUGAUAGAAAUCAGGUGUCUGUGAUGGCCUGCACUUGUUUGGAAUCUACUCUGCAGGGUCCCUUCCGAGGCAAAGUGACUGUGCAAAAUCUCAGAGUUAGGUGAGCUCUCGAGAGUCUAAGACAUCCCAGGGAAAAAGCAGUUCCCAGAGGAGGAGAGCCAGAGCCAAGGUGAUCAGGGCUGCCCCCGGGGAGAGCCAAACCCCAUAAAUACUAGUGUUGCCUCCCCAAGAUAAAUGAGAAGGAUGGGCCCUGGUGAAGAAGAGCUGACUGACAGCCCCUGAGUGCUACAGCUAUUCACGCUGGAGCUUUGAAAGAAGCAGCAGGCAGUAGCAUAGCUCUGAUGGGGAAUCCAGCCUAGAACAUGGCCCGCUGUGUGUGUGUGUGUGUGUGUGUAAUUGGUGAUACACUAGAUCACAGAGGUACCACGAGGAUCUGCUCCAUCCCAAACCCAAAAUGAAUGCACCUUUCCCAGCUGGGCACCCCUCAGCCCCUCCCUGACUUUUCCUUUCCUUUCCCAUCCCCCACACACCCACCCACCCAAAGAUCAGACUACUGUUAAGUUUCACGCGCUUGGAAUCCGCGAGGAUGGAAGGCAAACGGAGCAAUUUGAAUCCAUGGAAUUGCACUGACAGUGUUUCUUAUAGCAUUACUAAAUUUUUUAAUAUAAAAAUGAAGAUUUUUUUAAAAAUCAGGAGUUGAUAUUAAGUACCAGGACAUUAGUUCAGAUGAUUUCAUUUUUUUAUUUCUACAGUGUUAAAAGUGCACUUAUAUGCUGGUUUAUUUACGUCUUGGGAAAAAAGAGACUGCAAAUUAAAGGGAUGAUUGUUACUUUUUGUUUGCUUGUUUUUUAAAAGAUUAAGGCAGAUUUUAAGACUUACAAAUGUUUAAGAAAUUAUAAACAAGGUUAGACCCUUUGAAAAAAAGUUCAGAAGAUAUUCUUAAAGAAAAAUUUUAUAGUGUUAAUUUUGUAAUAAUUUAUGUUUUACUAUAUUACAGAGCUAACUGACCAGAAUAGUUUCAGAAACAAUAUGAAACUUAGGAAAGUUGAAGCAAUGCUUAUAUUUUUAAAAUGUUCUUUGAAUUAUGUUUUUAAUUGUACAUUUCUUCAGACUGAAAAGUGUGUACAUAUCUUUGUUAUUUUUGCACAAUUUUUGUCUCGUUCGGUUUUAGAAGUCUAUUGUUUUUUUUUAAUAAUUUAUUUUGAGUUGUAAAACUUGCAGGAGUAAAACAAAACAGAAAAAUCUCAGCAACAGAAUAACCCUCUGAUUUAUAAACUCUUAAACUCGGAGAGGGAAAACAAAGAUUGAAAGAUGAAGUGGCUACUUCUGAGGUAUACUGUCUCGACAGGGACUGAGGAGUUACUCGCCAGAUUUAAACAUUUUCAGGCUCCAGUCUCUAAGCGGAAGCUGGAGUAACAGAGGCUCCCCACCAAAUGCUGCUUACUUUCUCGAAAGACUGGCUCUGACCAAGAUGAGGACAGACACUUCUGGAAAACUGAGCAAAAAGGGAAAACCCACGGUAUUUCUUCCUUUGCAAUCAACCACAGGUUUACUUUGUAACGAUGUAUUUAAAAAAAAAAAAAAAAAAAAACUUGCAGCUUGAAAACAUGGAAUGCAAAUAAAAGGUUUUCUUUGGGUUUGUUUUCACGGAGUUCAACUGGACCAGCCUAUCAUGCGUUAUUAGGGUGAUCUCCUUCGGGUCUUUCUGUUCCUCACAUGCCACUCGGCCUUUUCUCCCGGCCCCUCGACUGCACACACCCCGAUUUGCCUGAAGAUCUCCUGACUUGUCGCCAGCCAUAGAGGCUCGAAAGCUCUGGUUGUUAAAGCAUAACGCAAUGCAUAGACCUGUCAGCCAUAAAAUUUAAAAAAAAAAAAGCGACUUGGAUUACUUGUAUGCCUUCUUUUGUAUCAAUGUACCAGUUGUAAAUAAUGCUGAUCAACCUUUGUAGCGAAUAGUUUAUACAGCAUAUUCUAUUAUUGCUGAUUCUCAGUGAACUCUUGUUUUAAACAAAGGAAAAAAAAAGAAGAAAUUUUCUAUUUACACCUUCUAUUUUGUUAUGCUAUCGGCCCAUGGCACUUUAACAAAACUCUGUGGGUUUUACGUAGCUGGUCCGUCAUGGGAUAUAUUAAAUAACCGUUGUUGCACAGAUAAGAA